UCCACAACUAACGCAAACAUAAUGGCGUACGCUACCAAGUUAGGAGCUCUGACAGAAGAGCUUGUAACCUUGCUCACGUCUACGUCUCUAAAAUCUGACCCUGCGAGAUUCAAUCUGCAUCGAGAGAGCGCUCUUAGAGCUCUGCGGCAUCACAAUUUUGCUCGAACAAAUCAAUUCGAUGUCACCAGUCAAUUCGAUGGCCUGGACGAGAAGUUUCGAGUCCUCCUUGAAGACUCAUUGGCAGAUGCGCUCAAGGAACGGCUGAACAUUCUGGCAAAAUUGGAGGUCAAAUGGGCCCCCGAGAUUCUACAUCUGCUCCUCGAGCUUUCGGAUCGACCAGUUGAGAAGUCAAAGCUCGAAAAUCUCGAUUUUCUGAAAGAACCUGAACCGGAUCCAGGACGAACCUUGAAAUGGGAAGACCUUAUUGCGGAAGAUCCUCUUCUGCGAGAUAAAAGUGUUUGGCAGAAUGUUGAUUUUGGCGCCGAGAGCUCUGAUGGAGAGGAUGGAUUUGAGGACAGUCGAUCAGAACUCUCUGGGUUGACAAACACAACUCUGCAAUCGAGCGUAGAUGAAGAGUUCAACCAGCGGCCGGAGGACUACGCUAUUGAUACAAUCAACAAGGAGGAUUUAGAUCAACUGCGAGAUGCCCAAUUUUGGCAGAAGACUCAUACUGUGGAUGGAGUCCAGUUGGAAACGGUGAAGACGACAGUUACAGAACUUCAGGCUAUUCGUGAAGUCCUCUUCAUGCUCUUGGGGUUGCCAACAUCGUUAUUUGAAAUAUUACGGGAGAACCUUGUAGUCCCGAAACGGAAGUAUGCUCUAAAGCAUGCCUCUGCGGACGCGUUCUUUAAAGUUGGGAGAUCAUUUUCCGAGCAAGGAACUGCAGUAAUGCGUUUGCGGUCAUGGGCAGGGCGGGAUCAAUCAAUUCCAUUGAUGCAGGUCUUACAAAGCUCCAUUCUAUGCCGCACGGUCGAAUUCGACGCACGAAUAUCGGACAUACAGCAGCGAUUUGUCAACCCGGCAAAGGAUAUUGUCGUCAGCCUCCUCAGUGUUCAAGCAGAAGUUUCUUCCUAUCUGCGGCCUCUGGUUCGACUCUCUGAGAUUAUCAAGAAACUCGAUGACGAGCGAUACCCUCAUGCAUUUCGUUAUCUAGAACUACUCUACGAUGAAGCUUGCACAUCGCAACUGGCUGGAGAUGAUGUGAUCUACUCAUUCAUAGGACGAAUAUUCUUCGAAUGCUUUAAAAUAUAUCUUCGUCCUAUCAGGAAAUGGAUGGAAGAUGGGGAAUUGACUAAGGGUGACAAAGUCUUUUUUAUCUUGGAAGCUUCUGGAGAUAUUGAGCCCUCGUUGCUUUGGCAGUCACGAUUCAAGAUCCGCAGGACUCAAGAUGGAGUACUACAUGCACCGAGAUUUCUUCAAGCAGCAGCUAACAGGAUCUUUACGACCGGAAAAAGUGUUGUGGUCCUCAAGCAUCUCAACCAGUUUGAUUUUCUCCAAUCAGCGAGGGGUGACUUUGAGCUCAGUCUGGAUUUUGAUAGCGUCUGCAACCCUGAAGUUCUCGGAUACGCUCCUUUCCCGGAGCUCUUUGACUCUGCAUUUCAUGCUUGGGUAGAGAGCAAACAUCACUCUGCUUCGUCGAUGCUUCGCAGAAUCUUAUUCGACUCCUGUGGCCUCCAAACAUCACUUGAUGCUCUGUCCCAUUUGUACUUCUUCGCCGAUGGAACCACUGCCUCAGUGUUCACUAACUCAAUUUUCGACAAGCUCGACACCUUGGACUUAUCUUGGAAUGAUCGCUUCACACUCACCGAAUUAGCUCAGAGCACCUUCGGGGCAAUCCCGUCCCUAUCCUCAGAUCGUCUACGAACGUCCGUCCUCACCCUUUCCCGAAAGCAUCAAGACGUUGCGAAAUGUAGGAGAACGGUCAAAGUCCUUUCAAUCCUCGAGCUCAAAUAUCAUCUCUCUUGGCCCAUCCAGAUAAUCCUCACCCCAGCGACGAUCUCAACCUACAAAAAGAUUUUUACCUUCCUCCUACAAAUUCGCCGAAGCUCCCACAUUCUCUCGCGCCAGCGCCUGAUUACCGAUGGACUCACAAAGUCCAGCAGCUCCGACGAACGUGCACUCUACUACUCAUUACGAACCCGGCUUCUAUGGUUUACCCAAAUGUUGUAUUACUACCUCACCUCCCUCGUUCUAGAACCCUUAUCCCAGAAAAUGCGAGCAGAGCUCAAAGCCACCGAAGACGUUGAUACUAUGAUCGAAGUCCAUGCCUGCUACAUCAAAACAACAAUUGACCAAGCUCUUCUCGGCAGCAAGCUAGAGCUAAUUCAUAAAACAAUUCUUAAAAUCCUGGAUCUAGGAAUCAAACUUGAAGAUGCACAAGCGGCGAAUGCAGCUGCAAAUAAAGAAGCUUUGGAAAAGCAGCAAGAGAUGAUGGAUCUUUCGAUGGCAAGCUUGGGUCUCCAUACACCACAAAGGAAAGGUCGUUCUCAGCCCGUGUUAAAAGAGGCCAAGGAAAAAGCUGAAUCAAGCUCCGAUGAUGAGGAACAAAAUAUCGAUGUUGAUCUUAGCAUCCUUUCAUCAACGUUUGACGAAAAGGGGGAUCUGUUGUAUGUUGAGAAAUUGAGAAACAUGAAGACGGACUUCGAUAGAUGGGUACGCUUUGUAGCAAGUGGUUUGAGGGGUGUCGCACGGGCUGGCGGGGGAGGAGAGGCCAGGAGUUGGGACACGCUAGGAGAGAUGUUGGAGAAUGGGUUAGAUGCUGGUGGGAUGGGACAUCGAUGAAUGUGUGUAGUUGUGGCAUCGUGAUCACGAAUGCCGAACUGGAAGUGAUUGAGGCUCUCAUCCUCCCAUCAUUGCGCGGUCGAUGUCGUGCUCAUCUGCACCCCGCGUUGGUGGAACGUUUCUCGGCGUCGGCCCCGAAAAUUCCCCGCAGAUUGACGUGAGCCACUUGUUUUCGGGUCUUCUACCUGUGUAUAUAUCUUCAGAUGUAUAUUCAGGAAUAAUUCACCUUACGGGUCAGCAAUUGCCCCGUUGACCGACGGCCAAGAUGAACUCCGG